AAAUCCAUAGCAUAGUACCAUUUGGGUUGAAGUUUGCCCCUCCCUUGUUAUAUAUAAAUAAUAACAACCGGGAGCUGUGCUAGCAUGUGGAACGAAAACCUGUGGGACAAGUAGCACGUUUUCCUACAGCACUUAAAGCAGUCAGGUUCCUGAAUACCUCAUUCGUUUGCCGUGUUAUCUAAGCGGAAACACCGGAGAAAGCAGCAGCAUGUCGGUGGACAGCGUGUUCAGGACCCGCUCUCUCGGUGUGGCCGCCGAAGGUCUUCCUGACCAGUAUGCCGACGGCAAGGCAGCCAAAGUCUGGGAGCUGUACAUCGGAGACACGCAGAGUAGGACGCAGGAAUACAAAAGCUGGGUGGUCGCUUUGCUAAAAGAGCAAGGAGUGAAGAAAGUGCUGGAUGUAGCCUGCGGAACAGGAGUUGACUCCAUCAUGUUGGUGGAGGAGGGCUUUAAUAUGACGAGCGUGGAUGCCAGCGACAAAAUGCUCAAGUACGCACUGAAGUCACGGUGGGAGAGAAGAAAAGAACAAGCUUUUGACCAGUGGGUGAUUGAAGAGGCCAAUUGGUUGACGUUAUCAGAGGAUCUUCCAAAACCAGGCUCUGGCUUUGAUGCUGUCAUCUGCCUCGGCAACUCAUUCGCCCAUUUACCAGACUUUAAAGGGGACCAGAGUGACCAAAGGUUGGCCCUUCAGAACAUUGCCAGUAUGGUGAGACCUGGUGGGAUCCUCAUCAUUGACCACCGUAACUACGACUACAUCCUGGAGACCGGCCAGGCGCCACAAGGCAAAAAUAUCUACUAUAAGAGUGAUCUCACUCAGGACAUCUCUACCUCUGUGCUGUGGGUCAACAAUAAGCCCCAUAUGAUCACUCUGGACUACACCAUCCAUGUGCCCAAGGCCGCUCUGCAAAAUCUACCUGAAGUCAGUAAAUUCCGUCUCUCCUACUACCCUCACUGUCUGGAGAGCUUCAGUGGGUUACUGAAGGAGGCGUUCCACGGCAAAAUGGAGCACAGCGUCUACGGAGACUUCAAGACGUACGUCCCUGCCCAGGCCCAGGCCCCCUGCUACUUCAUUCACGUCUGCAAGAAGACCGCCUAGAAGCCACACACACACACACACACACACACACACACACACACACACACACACACACACACACACACACACACACACACACACACACACACACACACACACACACACACACACACACACACACACACACACACACACACACACACACACACACACACACACACACACACACACACUCACACAGCUUAGAACAUAAUAGCUUCCUGUUCUCUUUAAGUCUGAACAUGCUCCUCCAGAUUUGGGCAACAUUAUAUUUGAAUAUGUUUUAAAAAAAUAUUUAAUCUUAGAUCUUGAUACAAAUAAAAAAAAGCAGCAUAUUUGCAACACUGUAGAGUGGUGCAGGAAUGAGUCCGUUAAUGAGUUAGCAUUUUAGCACUUGCUGUUUCCUUAAGGUCAACGGGUAUUACAAGCUGAAGAGAUGUUUUAAAUGUGAUCUACGAUAGAAAUCAGUAAAUAGUCCACUGGGGAUUUUCUGGAGCUUCUAUUUGUCUAACAUGAGGCUAAAUGAGACUACUAAACGUCAUCAUGGCGAACAUUAGCCGCCUUUAGCUUAGCGGUGGUGACAUUAAGUAAUCUUUGAAGCCUAACAUUAGCUAUUUACGUAUGUCGGUCCACUUAAAAAACAAAUCAUUAAGUGGUGUUAGUAUCUGGAGAUUAUCCUGCUGAACAAAAUGUGUAGUUAUCAGUUACAUGCCAGAGAUCUUAAAUCAAGUGGAAAAGUCCCAUGGCUUUUUGUGGAGGGAGCCCUUUGCGAUGCUAACUUCCGGGUCGGCCUACGUCAUCACUGCACCACUCUGUCAUCUUUUUACUUUGUGUCAUGAACAUACGAAAGCUGGAAUGAUAAUCAUAUUUUUUUUUUUUAAAAAUGAUCAUGGUCGGGUAAUUCAUGCAUUACCCUGAUUGUAAAAAGUGAGCUAAAAUAUUUGGCUUUACCUGAUACAAUUGGUUGAUUCAUAUCUCACCUUUUUACUUAAUCCACAGUGCGUUCCCAAAAUUCUCAAAAAAGAACAGUCUUAAAAGAUCAAAACUGGUUUGAAAAAUAUAUUCAAAAUGUAUCGGACCACUGUCUUGCCCAUGUCGUUUUUUUCCCAAUGUUCUUUAUGUUGCUUUUCUUGUUUCCUCCCUGCUUACCGCCUUUCGGAACUUUCAUAUCCCACAAUAAUGUUUUGAAAUGGUGCGGUACAUCACUGAUAUUCCUCAUGAUGGAACACUUCAUAUUACCAGCAUGUUAUUUACAAAGUGCUUGGAUAUUUUCUUAAACAAUUGAACUUUACCACAAGAGUCUUAAAACUAAAAUUGUGAAUACAACGUACGGUAUGUAGGCUUUCUUUGCUGGAAAUACAAAAGUAACAUAGCCCAGCCAUUUAAGGCAAAUCUGGCCCUGCAUGAUGGCUUUCCUUUCAUUGCAGCCCCCAACCCAUUUUACAUUUGUUGUUUAAUAUUUAUCUUGCAAACCUUGAUGGAGUCCCUAAAAAUACAUAAAACAGACAGUGAAGAUUUGUAAUCACCCUAAAAAGGCCUGGUUUAUUUUCUGAUCAACAAUCCUCCACCCUUUAGUUUCCUUCUUCCUCGGGACCUCCAUCUCCAGAGCUCCAUCACUUCUGACCUCUCUGAAGCUCACGAGAGAACGGCUUCUGAUAUUGGAAUUGAAUUUACUACUUUUUUAGUAGAAAUUAAGGUUUUGUAUACCUGGUCUCUGGCUUCUUAUUUGACGGUACCAUUAAGUUUAAUUUAUUUGAGUCUUUAUCAUUCCUGGUGACUAUUCUUUAUUAGUCCAGGUUUUAAUCUAAAACCACUACUCCUUUGUCAUGUAGAAACAAGCGUCUUUGAAAUUGUUGUCAACCAAAGUGCUAUUUUCUUGGAAUUAAAUUGCGUUAAAAAUGAGAAAAACUUGAAUGUCAAUCAACUGGAAGAAUAAUUUAUUGUGCUAUAUAAUCCAGGUUCAAAUACAUUUUCGCUGUGACACCAAAUGAAAUGCCAGGGGAAACACAUCUUAUCAUCACGUUGCUGUUUGCCUUAAGAAGGAGCGCAUGGUGCAUUCAAAUGCCUCCUGUAAAUACAGGGUAGAGCAGUGUGUGACUGAGAUCAGUAGGUUCAGAGUGUGGUGAGAUGCAUGGAUGUUUGUGUGGCUUUUAAAGUUUAUGUUGUGAUAAAACCAUUUCACAACAGUCUUAUGUUGCCAAUUCUUAAAAAAACAAGUGUCAACAUUUUAUAAUGAACAAUGGUUAUUGGAAAUAAAAAGAUAUAUUAAAUAAA